AUGAGGGAGGGAUUAGCCAUAUACGUAGCAGGAGCAGAACAACCUUUUACUUUUGCUGCAGAUGCUAGAUUAGAAAGAUGGAUCAAAAAUUAUGUUCAACCAGGAUUUUCUAGUGUAAGUAGAAAUACUAAUAGAAGUGAUGUUUCUAAUGUUUUUAUUUCACAAAAAAAUUUGUUAAAGACUGAAUUCCACAAUCACGUUGGUGCGAUUUCUUUUACUUCGGAUAUGUGGACUGGGGUUAAUGAUUUAGGAUUUUUAUCACUUACUGCACAUUAUGUUGAUCCCACAUCUUGGGUGAUGCACAAAAGAAUUAUUGCACUUCGUAUGAUACCAUUUCCUCACACAAGGCUUGAAAUAUAUAAAUGCAUAUCAUCUAUAUUUACUGAGUAUAACAUUUCAAACAAAUGUUUUAGCAUUACUUUUGAAAAUCAUUCAGCUAAUACAAAUGCGAUCGAUAAUUUUAAACGUGCACGAUUUGUUGCUUUUUACCAAGAUGCUUUGUUCCAUGUUAGAUGUGUAUGCCAUAUUAUUGCUCGUGUGGUUAAUGAUGGAAUGGAUACUAUUAAAAAAGAUGAAGAACUUGAUUUCAUUAGACGGAUUAGAGAUGCGAUUAAGUAUAUUACAACUGGAUCUAGUAGGGUACAAAAAUAUUCAGAAAUUUGCACAUCUAAUCGUUUGAACCCUAGAAAAUUGAUGUUAGAUUGUGGUACUCGUUGGAAUUCCACAUAUCUUAUGUUAAAAGCGUGCGAAGGUUAUGAAAAGGCAAUUAUUGAAUACGUUAUGUCUUCUGCUGAUUGUGUUGUUAACUUAGAAAUGAUUGAUUUUGAAGUUUGUUCUUUGUUCAUGACAUUUUUGGAAACUUUUUAUGAUGCUACAAAUGUUUUAUCAGGAAUAUAUUAUCCCACAUCUCAUAUUGUCAUAAACCAAUUAUAUAACAUGACUCAAGCUUUUGUUGAUUGUAGGGGUUAUGAUAUUUAUGAUAAAGUAUUAUAUGCAAUGGAAUUAAAAUUUAAAAAAUAUUUUGAACCAAUUCCUCCUAUUUAUUAUUUAGCUUCUAUAAUGGAUCCAAGAAAAAAAUUGCAACAUACAAUGGUUUUAAUUACGAAAAUUUGCGAGAAUUUGAAUAUCCCUGUGCUAGACACAGUGGAAAAGGUUAUGGAAAAAUUAUCUUCUUUAUUUACUCAUUAUGAAAAUAUUUAUGGGUCUAAUGUUCAAAGAACAAAUGUGAUAACUCCAAGACCGCAUACAAAAACAAAAGAUCUAUCUUGGUCUUUACUUGCCAAUGCUAGCCGUGGUUGUGGACCACUGGGUGUCUCUUCUUCUAAUGUUGCAGGAACGCGAGCACUCAACGAUCUCGAAAAAUAUUUACAAGCUACAACCGUUGAUAAUGUGGAUGAUUUUGAUAUAUUGGGAUGGUGGAGAUUGAAUGGUAUUAAUUUUCCCGUUGUCCAAAUUAUGGCGCGUGAUCUAUUAACACCACCCGCAUCUACAGUUGCAUCAGAAUCUACUUUUAGUGCAUGUGGUAGGGUUUUGGAUGAGAAAAGAAGCAGAUUAAAGUCAGAAAUGUUAGAAUCUCUCAUAUGCGUGAAGGAUUGGGAUGAUGCAAAAUAUAGAGAUCAAGCUUAUACUGAUGAGAUCGCAGUUGAAUUCGAACGUUUGGGGGUGAUCGAUGAUUAA